AUUUUGCAUGUCAGCCAGGGACGGAAUUAGAGCUGUCAAAAUGAUCCUCAUCUUAAGAACGACCUGAGCUCAGCACUUGUUCCUGCCUCUUUCUGCUCUUGCUUUUCACGACACGCGCUCCUAUGUCUCACCGGAAGUUCCAUGCUCCCCGUCACGGACACCUUGGCUUUCUGCCGCGGAAACGCAGCCGGAGGCACCGGGGCAAAGUGCACAGCUGGCCCAAGGACGACCCCAGGAAGCCUGUGCAUCUCACCGCCUUCCUGGGCUACAAGGCCGGCAUGACCCACACCCUGAGGGAGGUGCACCGUGUCGGCCUCAAGAUUUCCAAGCGAGAGGAGGUGGAGGCCGUCACCAUUGUCGAGACACCUCCCGUGGUGGUUGUGGGGAUUGUGGGAUACAUCAACACCAUCCGUGGCCUCCGGACCUUCAAGACCAUCUUCGCCGAGCACAUCAGUGAUGAGUGCAAACGGCGCUUCUACAAGAACUGGUACAAGAGCAAAAAGAAGGCUUUCACCAAGUGCUCCAAGAAGUGGCAAGAUGAAGCCGGCAAGAAGCAGCUGGAGAAGGAUUUCACCAUGAUGAAGAAGUACUGCAAGGUGAUCCGGGUCAUUGUCCAUUCACAGAUGCGGCUUCUGCCCCUGAAGCAGAAGAAGGCCCACAUCAUGGAGGUGCAGCUGAAUGGUGGCACCAUCCCGGAGAAGGUGGACUGGGCCCGCGAGCGGCUGGAGCGGCCUGUACCGAUCUCCAGCGUCUUCACGCAGGACGAGAUGAUCGACGUUAUUGGGGUCACCAAGGGUCAUGGUGUUAAAGGUGUGACCAGCCGCUGGCGUACCAAAAAGCUGCCCAGGAAGACUCACAAGGGCCUGCGGAAGGUGGCAUGUAUCGGCGCCUGGCACCCGGCCCGGGUGGGCUACACCAUUGCCCGCGCUGGCCAGAAGGGCUACCACCACCGCACUGAGCUCAACAAGAAGAUCUAUCGCAUCGGGAAAGGCAUCCAUGUACAGGACGGAAAAGUGAUUCGUAACAACGCCUCAACCAGCUACGACACGACGGCGAAGACCAUCACGCCCCUGGGCGGCUUCCCUCACUACGGCGAAGUGAACAACGACUUCCUCAUCCUGAAGGGCUGCGUGGUCGGCCCCAAGAAACGCGUCCUGACGCUCAGAAAGUCGCUUCUGGUGCAGACGACACGCAAGGUCAGGGAGACCGUGGAGCUGAAGUUCAUCGACACCACGUCCAAGUUCGGCCAUGGCCGCUUCCAGACCGCGCAGGAGAAGAGAGCCUUCAUGGGUCCCCAGAAGAAAGACCUGCUGAAGAAGCUUCCAGAGCCCCAAGCAGAGGAGGCAUAAAGCAGGAUAGUGCCAUAAGAAAGCCCCGCACACCACAGUGCUAUGGGAGAAUAAAGCGGCAUCCUCACACUC